AUGGAGGGGCAUCCGUCAGAUACCCUGACGAGUCACGAGGGUCAAGCUUCACGCGGAGAGGAGGGGCAGAGCCCUGCUCUGCCAACUUACGCCCCCCCGCGACCAGAAACACUCGUCGAUGCCAUUGAGAACAUCUUCUCUACAGCAGAGGAUGAGGACGCCAAGUUGGGAGCUGGCGCUCAUGCUGUCGACCCCUUCCUCGAGGACUUUCACUCCUCCAAGUGCACCAUAGCCAGCAGAGAGUUGGAGUUGGUGCCGGCAGCCCUCACGGAGGACAUGGCAGGAGACGAAGGCAGGAGCUUGCACCGAUGCUCAGGCGCACUGGUGGCGAGCAUGACUCGAAAGAAGGGGGACGUGGGGGGGCACGGUAGAGCAUGUUCGUCAAAGGAUGCAGCAGCAGUAAGGGAGGCGAAGUCAAAGAGGGUGAGGAGGCAGUGGACGAGUGUGGAGCACGGGACGUUUGUGGAGAUGUUCGAGAAGCUGCGAGACAAGAGUUUGACUGAUGAUCCUCCUCUUGGACUAGGUGCUGGAGUGGCAGAAACAAUCUCCCUGGUGCUGAAAACUCGCACACCAGCCCAAGUGCGUUCACAUGCGCAGAAGUACUUCACGAAGAUCCGCAAAGAGAAGGAGAAGAAGCAGGAGGGAGGCAACUGUGAUAAUGACGACGACGACGACGACGACGACGACGACGAGAUGGAGGAGCAGGGGAUCGAAGAGAGGGCUAAAGAUAAGGGAGGGAGAGGAGGGAAGGGAGGACAUCAGCGCAGUGGUCGACCGGCUGCUUGA